AUGGCAGACACCGAGCCCAGCCUCGUCGCCAGCGCCCUCGGCACCGCCGCCUACGCCUUCACAAAAGUGCAACCCCUCCUCCCCGUCUACGCCCACAUGAUCCUCGCCUCCCUCUUCCCCAUCUACGCCGCCGCCCACGCCUCGCUCACCCGCCCCUCCACCGCCGCGAAGCCCCCAAAGAAAAACCGGAAAGACCGCGCACGCGCCGCCGCUACCGAAGAUGAAGACAGCGACUCCGAAGACGAGGAAGAGGAGGAGCCAGAGAACGAGAUGGAAGGGCUUUCGCCGAGACAUAUCAUCUUGUUCCCGCUUUUCGCGGGGAUUUCGCUGGCGACGCUGUAUUUUUUGCUGAAGUGGCUCAAGGACCCGAGUAUAUUGAGUAAAGCGCUUAAUGCGUAUUUCGCUGUCUUUGGGUUCUUCGCUGUGACGAAGUUGGUUAGUGAUGUGCUGGAUAUUGGGCAUUCGAUUAUAUUCCCAAGGAGACAUGUGCUCGGGGGCGCGCUGUACCAUGUCGACGGCAAGGCAGGGAGGGCGGUGCCUGUCGCAGGCAACACCAAGGCCAGCGGGCCCAUUACAAGCCCGCUCCCCGGCUUUCUCGCGCGCAUACCACUUUCCGAUGGAGCGAAAGAAUGGCUCUGGGCGGACCGCGCGAUGCCCUCCAAUAAGUGGACGCUGAAGCUGUAUCUUGAGCGCGCGCUUGCGGGCAAAGCUAGAGUAGGCGCGCACACGCUUGUCGGUGCUGUGGUAGCGCUGGCUACGCUCGUCUACUUCAACCUCGUGGACAAGACGUGGUACCUGACCAACCUGCUUGGUUUCAGUUUCGCAUAUGGCAGUAUCCAAGUCAUCAGUCCGACGACGUUUGCGACUGGAAGUGCGAUACUCGUGGGGUUGUUCUUCUAUGACAUCUACAUGGUCUUCUUCACUCCUCUCAUGGUAACAGUAGCAUCCUCCCUCGACGUCCCCAUCAAACUCAUGUUCCCCAAACCCGGCACCGCCACCACGCCCUCGGGCAAGAACGCCGCUGCCAUGCUCGGUCUAGGCGAUAUCAUCAUCCCUGGACUCAUGAUAGGCCUUGCACUGCGCUUCGAUCUCUACCUCUUCUACCUCCGCCGCCAGAAACGCGUCCCCGCAACAACUGAAGGAGCCGAGGACACGGUUGUGAAGGCGGAGUUUACACCCCUGGCAGGCCGCUGGAGCGACCAUUUCUGGACGCAUUCACUCAUGGGACGCCCGCUGUGGUCUUCUGCCGCACCCUCAGAAAACGGGAAAGAGGAAGCACCGUUCACGUUCCCGAAAACGUAUUUCAAUGCUUCGCUCGUGGGCUAUGUAGGCGGUCUGGUCGCCACGUUCGCCGCGCUGCAUCUCAUGAACCACGCGCAACCUGCUCUUCUCUGGCUCGUUCCAGGCGUGCUGCUCAGUCUCUGGGCGACUGCGCUUGUAAGGGGUGAAAUCGCGCUGAUGUGGCACUACAGCGAGGAGAUAGUGGAAGAAGCGACCGAGGCGGGUAAGGAAGCGACGAAGAGGACGGGGCAGCUGUUCAAGGAGGAGGAUGUCAAUGCUGUUAGAAAACCGGCGACGGGGAAGUCGAGGAGGCCCGAGAGGGAGGUGUUUUCCUUUUCUAUUGAGGGGCCAAGGAAGGUUGGGCCGACGGCUGAGGCGAAGGUGGAGGGAAAGAAUGAGGGGAGUGAAGCAGGAAACGGUACGACUGUCCCCACGACUGUGAAGAGUCAGGUUUGGACUGGUUCUGAAGCGCAUAGUUCGGCGAGGGAAGAGGGCGGUGUUGAACCUGCUGGAAAGCGGCUUCGGGUCAGGUAG